GUCUUUGGAGCUGUCGCAUCUGGCAUAGGGAUCGCAGGCGUUGCUGCACAGGCUCUCGACGGUAUCCGGAGAUGGAAGGCAUUUUGCAACGACGUUCGCGAUGCUCCCGAAGAGAUCAAAUACUUGACCGACGAGCUGGAGAUUUUGCUGGGGACGAUAGCCAGUAUUGAGGCUCAGAUCCAACGAAACUCUGCGAUCUGUCGAAACAUAGAUCCGGCGCCAGCAUUGCGCUUUGUAACUCAAAGCGUGACAUCCCUGAACGAUAUCAUUGCAAAAUUCAAUAAGGAGAUCGCGCGGAAAAGGACGCUGGGCUCGAUGAAGAUGGCGUGGAAGAAGAAAGUCCUUGAGUCAUACUUGAUGAAGAUAGAGAGGUCAAAGACUUCGCUGGGGCUCGCAGUAUCUGCACAUUCGACCGAGCUAUAUCUACAAACCAUCGUGGGGACUGACACAAAAACCGAUCAAGUGAACAUGAACAUGUCGACAUUAGCAAUCCCUAGGCAGACCCGUCUAAUGCCAAGGCUCGGCCCUCAAACAAUUGACGCUCUGCAGAUUGUAAGUAGUCAACAGCUUGGUGUCGACGAAGACGACCGCUGGAGAAGUAUCAGGAAGAGGUCUAAAUCCUCAAACAUGUCCCCAAUCCUAUCGUUUUCGCUAGUGCUACCCUCCUGGCUCGCGCAACACUCAUUGAAGAUAAGUUUAUGCCGAGCAGCUCAAAGCUGGACCUUGAGAUUAAGGCCCUACCGGGAGGUUUCGCAAGACUGCUGUAUCUGGAAAGCCAUUUCGGACGGGGACUUCGACUGGUUCCGGGAUCUCAUCGAGUCAGGACAAGCAACAGUGUUUGAUCGAUGCGACUACGAGGGAACGCUUCUACACACCUUCUCGCACAUCGCUUCUUACCUGAUCAAUCGGGGCGCUGAUGUCAAUGAACCCAACAACUAUGGCAGGUGA